AUGUUUCUAACUGAUGAGAAGGCUCUAGCAACGAAAUCGCUUGUCAUUCUAGAUGUUCGACCAGAAGAACAGAUCGCUAAAGAACACAUUACCAAAGCUGAAUAUUACUCACGAGUCUUUCUAAGUUGUGACCAUUACGAAACAGAAGUAACAUUAAUUGUCUGCUGUCAUGUUUAUGGAACUGAUGAAGUUGUAUCAACAUAG